AAGCGUAAGAGAGAUGCCUGGAUUCAGCCACUCCAUUGGUAGGCCAGGCUUCUGAGGCCCCUUCAGCGCUGGCAGUGGCAGGGGGCUUUCUAGCCACUGCUGAAUGGGGUCUGUCUGGCUCCACGCCUUGGAUGCGCAGCAUGCAACCUACUGAGUUCUAAAAUACAGCCCCUCUCCAUCUCCUAGUGACCCCAGGGUCUGGACAGAGCUGAUAGCUGCUGCUGCUGCACCCUGACACCGAACGCUGCCUCAGUCUCUCUCUGCCAAGGGAAUGCUACUGGAGGUGCAGAUCAGGUGCAGCCCACAGGCUCCUGGGAAGCUGCCAGCACGGCCUUUGCCACCGUAAAGCUUGAGCACCCAGACUCGACAGGAAUGUCAAGUGACAUAAGUGCCAGGACGGGAGAUACGGGCAUGCCACAAAACAACACACAUCCUGCCAGAGAGUCGCUGGGGCGGCUGGCCAGGUGAAGAGCACCGAGAGGCUUUGUGGAGGGAGGGCAGGUCAGCUGCCUGGCUCCGGAGGAAAGGGAGCCCUGAGCUGGAAGCGCUCUCUCUCCAGCCCAGAGGUCAGGUUUACACCCCCAUCCCCACCCACCUGGCCGGAUUCGUCUCUCAGAAGGGAAUUCACAGCUCGCAUUCCUGGGCAGGAAGCAGGGGUGUCAGCACUUGUUUUUGCUCAGGCCUUCUUGCAUUCCUGAAAAGGAAAUCUGCCUCGCCACUGUUGCCUGGUCAUGCCAGGUGUGUAUUGGGAGUGGUGAGAGAGAGAGGGAGAAGGAGAGAAAGGCAGGCAGCAGAGAGGGAGGCGAGAAGCAGCUGGCUCCAGUGGUUUGGGACCCUGCUACCUGAGCGAUUGCUCUCCUUAGCUGGCACUGUGGCAUCGGCCAUCAGCUGAAGGACUGGCGCUAACUGGAAGGGGCCAGCAGUUUUCAGUGCUGGGGCUCUGGACUCUGCAACUCCCCUCACAGGCCCACGCUUGUCGACCUCCAGGGCACGCUGUCUUCCUACCAGGGCUGGGCACAAGCAGCUGUCUGGUAGGGGGCCGAGGUCCCUUUUAACGGGAUGAGGGGCCCUGAGGAUGCACCAGGACAGGCUGACAGCCCCGCAGAGGAGGAGGAGGAGGAGGAGGUGGUGUUGUGGGAGAAGAUUGAGAGUGUGCGGCACGAGCUGACCCGGUCCUUGAACCCAGCAAAGCUGACGCCCUACCUGCGCCAGUGCCGUGUGAUAGACGAGCAGGAUGAGGAGGAGGUGCUGAGCUCAUGCAGGUUCCCAUACAAGAGCAAUCGCACAGGACACUUGAUGGAUAUCCUUCGAUGUCGAGGAAAGCGAGGCUAUGAAGCCUUCCUAGAAUCCCUGGAGUUUUACUACCCAGAGCACUUUAUCCGGCUGACAGGGAGGGAACCAGCACAGCGCUGCUCUAUGAUCCUAGAUGAGGAGGGCCCCGAAGGUCUGACCCAGUUCCUCAUGUUGGAGGUGAAGAAGGUGAGGGCGCAAAGGAAAGAGCACCUGGUGAGAGAGCACCAGUUAAAGGUGAAGAACCAGGCCCUGGAGGAGGAGCAGACCCGGCUGGGGCAGCGGCUGCAGGAGCUGCUGAAGGUGCAGGAGCGAUGCCAGAGGCUGCGGGAGGAGUGGGACUCCAACAGCAUGGAGCUGCUGCGGCUGAAGGAUGAGAACUACAUGCUGGCCAUGCGCUAUGCACAGCUGUGUGAGGAGAAGAACCUGGCCGUGCUGCGGAGCCGGGACCUGCAGCUGGUGGUGGACCAGCUGAAAUGUAAAGUUAGCAGCCUGGAGGAAGAGUGCAGGCUGCUGAGGAAACAUGCGUCCGCUGGGCCCCAGCGAGAGGCAGAGGAACGGGGUCAACCUGACACAGUGCCUGAGCUGCAGGCCGAGAACCAGAGGCUGACGGCCUCACUCCAGGAGCUGCAGAGCAUGCUGCAGAUUCUCUUGGUCCCUGUCUCUGGUUUGGUGCUCGGAGGAUCCUUAGCAGUCCAGGUUUGCAGAUUCACACCUGAGGCAGCGAGUGAGGCCCAGGCGCCGGGCUCCCAGCGGAUCCUCCUGGACAUUCUGGAGCAUGACUGGAAGGAAGCACAGGAUGAACGGCAGGAGCUGUGCCAGAAGCUCCACUCCAUGCAGAACGAGCUGCAGUGGGCUGAGGAACUAAGGGAUAAGUACUUGCAGGAGGUGGAGAACCUGCAGCUGAAGCACCGGACUCUGCAGAAAGAUUGUGAUCUGUACAAACACCGGAUGAACACGGUGCUGUCUCAGCUGGAGGAGAUCGAGAAGGAGAGGGAUCAGGCUAUCCAGAGCCGAGAUAGGGUGCAGCUGCAGUACUCCCAGAGCCUGGUCGAGAAGGACCAGUACCGCAAACGGGUUCGGGCCCUGGAGGAGGAGAGAGAUGAGCUUCGGAGCAAAUUCAGCCAGGCGGAGGGUGUGGAGAGCACUCUGGAGGCACAGCUGCAGCAAUGCCAAGGCAACCGGGAUGUGGGCAUGACGGUGGGCACCUCCUCCUACUCCCUCUGCUCCAACUUAAGUAGCACCUGGAGCCUGAGCGAUAACCCCUCUCCCCUGGGGAAUGGAGUCAUGGACACUCUGGGUGUCCCCGCCAUCACCUUUCCAGGGGACUCCACACACCACAGCAUGGAGGUGACUCCAGAGAGCGAGAAGGACAUUAACCGCCUUUCCACCUUCCCCUUCCCGCCCUGUGCUGGCUCCAUCAUCCGACGGCAGCGGGAAGAUGGAUCCGUGCCCUUCAAAAGCCUGUCUUGCGGGUCUUUUGGCAGCAUGGAGGACAUCACAGGGAGUGUGACCACUACUGUUUCAUCGACCGGUCUCUCCUCCCUUUCCAGCAGUGCAUGCACCAGGGUGAAGUCGGAGAUCUGCUUGUCCGCCAUCUCUGACCAGAAGGAGCUCAUCAGAUCCCUGGUGGUGCAACUGUCUAGCAUGGAUCACCUGACCAACCCAGUGCCCCAGCACAGGGGGCUUGGAGGGGACAUCUCCAUCCUGGGCGGGAACAGAACAGGGAUUUAUGUCCAGUGGGUGAAGCCAGGUUCAGAAGCUGAGAGUACAGGACUGCGCGAGGGCUGCCGGCUCCUAGAGCUGAGGGGGACUUUGCCGAAUGGACAGGUGCUGUCCCUGGAAAACUGCACACGGGAGGUAGCUUACCUGAGCCUGCUGCACUGGGAUGACCCAGCUGGUCUCAUCUUUUUGCCUGAUGUGCAUGGGUACCAGCCUCUCAAGGAGGCCUUAGAAGAAGGGAAGCAAGUGACUGGAGACUCCUUCUAUAUGCGUACCAAUCUGACCCUCCUGGAGCAGUCUGAUCCCUACUCCCUGUGCGUCAAGUGUCGGGAGAUUCUGCACGUCACUGACACCAUGCACAAGGGGCGGCUGGAGUGGUACUGUGCCCGCGUCGACCCCCUGACACUGCGGGACCUGGACAAGGGAACAGUGCCUAAUUACAGCAGGGCUCACCAGCUUUUGAAGGUACAGGAGAAAGGCCAAGUGCCAGGCCGGCAGAGGGGCUGCAGAAGUAAUCUGAAGAAACGGACCCUGGGCCAGCUGCGGCUGGUGAAAUCCAAACCGCCUGGGGAGCCUCCGCGGCAGCUGCUGUUGGACCCCUGCCAAGACCCAGACAGGAGCCCAAAGCCCUACAGCCUCGUGCGUCCCCUGGUGGUGCAGGCCCCUCGCCCGGUGGUGCUCUCCCCUGACUGCAUAGCACCCAGGCUCAUCAGGAACCUGCUUGACCUGCCUACCUCGCGCCUGGACUUUCACCUGUGCCCAGCUGGUGAGCAGGAGCAAUCAGAGACCCUGGCUAAUGACGAGCCAGCUGCUACCCCUUCCCACGAGAACUGCGUGGCUCCAGGUUCCCUCCAGGACCAGAGGGAGAGCAGGAGGAUCCGUACCAUCCGGGAGUGCAUCGGCAAGAAUAAACACUGCCUGCUGGAGCUGGGCCUCCAGAGGGUGAGGGAUCUAAUUAAAAGUGAAAUAUACCCCAUCAUUAUCCACGUGGAGGUCACCGAGAAGAACGUCAGGGGACUCAGGAGCUUACUGCGGAAGCCAGGCCAGCGUGACUCUGAAGUGGUGAAGCUUUGCCAGAGCGCUGAGCAGGCUCUCCACGCCCUGCCCUGCUCGUGGGCCUGUGUGGAUGCCCAGUCCUGGUGCCACGCUGAGGAGCUGGUGAAAGUAGUGCGGCGCUGCAUCUUCCAGGAGCAGAACAAGGUCGUGUGGGUUGAGGAUGGCGAGCUGUGAUCCCACACCUGGCAGAGCUGGGGCCGUGUCUUCAUGUCGGGAGGCUCCAUGUGGAGGAGUGGGGCGCUAGGUUCCUUUCCCAAGGGUGGUGCCUGGAGCACACUUGGCUUCUUUCCUUCAUCCCCAAACUGUUUCCGAAACAGUGUGCCACUUCUCCCUGAUUGGAUGCAGUGGGAUGUCUUGCCAUCAGUGGAGGUCUGGAAGGACAAGGUGGCCCCUCAUGUGUCAGGGAGUUGGGCCCACUUCAGGCUGCUUGGAGACUGGCCAGGGUGGGGGUAACAUGCAGACUCGGACUCCUUUCCCCUCAUGUCCAGGUUUAGUGGAGGCAUUUCCUUCCCCUUCCCACCAAGAAUCCCCUCACAGCUUGCAGCCGCUGCUCCUCCAGGAGUGCUCUUGGCACCCGACCCUCUGUAUGGCCCAGUCAUUUGGAGAAUCAGACAAGAGGGGAACAGAGAGGGGGUGUGUGUGUGUGUGUGUGUGUGUGUGUGUGUGUGUGUGUGUGUGUGUGUGUGCGCCUUCUGAUUGCUCCAUUCCCCUGCCACCCUGUCUCCUUCUCCCCAUCACGGCUCUCUCUGGCAUCCUGUCUACCUCAGCUGAUGUCCCGAUGGAAGCGGAGGUGGUACACAUGCCCCGCCACAGGCGGAGUGACACUACGCGGGGUUUGUCAGGCAUCCUCAGUGGGUGGCAAUUGUAAUCUUUAUGGUGUAUAAAUUAUUAAUGGACCCUUUUAAUUGGAAACCUGUAUAUAAAAGAGAAUUAAAUACCAUUUAUAAUGGGAACGGA